AUGGCACCGGGCCGACCCAGCAACUCCAAGCGCAAGCGCUCCAGCAUCCCCGAGUCUCGCGAAGCUACAUCAACCCCGCCCAAGCGCCGGAAGAAGGCCGCCGACCGCCGCUCCUCCAAGGGCAAACCGGCUGAUUUCAUUCAAUCCUCCCAAGAGUCCGAGCCCUUCUACGAAGCAAAGGCCAUUCUCAAGGAGGAGGGGAAUAAAUACCUAAUUGAUUGGGCCGACCACCCCACGACCGGCGAAACCUACGCUCCAACCUGGGAACCCAAGAGGAACGCGAACAAACUAUUGGUUGAAGAUUGGAGGCGCAGGCAACGUGGAGAGAAGAAUCCCCGACAGACAUCCGUAUCCGCGGCUGCUCCCGCGCUCAGCCCCGCCACAGCCGCAGCUUCGCCUACCGAGAGCAGCCUUGCACCAGCGCCUCAGCCUAAGCGCAAGUCCAGCAUCCCAGACCGCCGCAGGGUUAUUCAAAGCUCAUCUCCCGAUCCGCACUCUGCGCCAAACAAUCUUCCGGGAGACAGCUCUCUCCCAAGCUACGACUCGCGGAUUGUACCAGAGACAGAGCUACGGGACACAAGGCCGCGUCUUGAGCCUGCAGUUCACAUAACUCACCCUACUGACUACAACCCGUCCGACUACGAGCAUAUCUCCGCGUCACAGGUUCUUUGGAACUCGUCGCAAACGGCAUCGGGAUCUUCACCGCAGCUUCAGCAAAGCCGCCCAACAGUUGAGUCGUCGCAAGAAUCCGCCGGUUCUCAGCAGAGCCCUGGGGGCCAUACCAUCCCCGCAGAGAGACUUCUCCAGCGGCCCCGUUUUGGAAGCGGAGUUGUUAUCCCGGAUUCACAGAGUCUGCCGGGGGAUUCGAGCUACGUUCCGUCCACCCAGACACGAUCGGGUGCUGAGAGCCAGUCAGCUCAAACUCAGUCCCAGCCUCCCGGCUCUGCAAACGCCCCAGCCCCGCAAGACAGUUCGGCCUCGGCCUCGGCCCAGUUCACCAAUCCACAGGAGGACGACUCUUCCGCACCCGUUCCAGAAACAGACCCGAUCGAAGACGAGCCAUCCAGUCCGGCUACCCACAGCCACCACGAAGAGAGACACCCUCCACCGCGCGAGUCACCGUGGCACACGACUAGUUCUGCCUCGUCGCCCCCUCCCACCGAAUCGCCUGUCAAAUCGACGCAGUCCGAAGGCCGUGUAGCAAACACUCAGGCGUUCGUGGAAGCUCAAGCGGGCACGCCUGCACCCGCUGAAAACGAGCACGCCCAAGACUCUGAAGCAGAGGUAUUUUCGAGAUCUCUUAGCCCCAAGUCAAGGCCGGAGGACCAACGCCAACCUUCGCCCGAGGUUCAGGAACCUCAACAGACUGCAGUUGGAGGAUACGUUUCUGAAGAGUUCGAGAGGGAGGAAGAAGUUGAUCGUGAUCUUAGAGGGAUUGAAGAACAGGAAGGACCGCAAGAUUCGCAGGUUUUCGUACCACAAAGUCUCCCAACCGAGGACCAGCAAUACGAACAACCAGAACCAGAAGUAGAGCAAGAAGACGGUGAAGAGGCCCAGCACGAACCUAACCAAGAGGGAGGCUUUAUUGCAGAAGCCGCACCCGGUGUUAUUGAGAACGCUCAGGAUAGUGGACAAGGAGCCGCUCGUGAAGACCUAUUCGCCGAUCGGCACGUACUUGAAGCCGAGGAGGGUGUCGCUGCUGGGGCUCUAUCCGCUGGUCACACUGCGCCGGAAAGAGAGGAAGAGUUCACUGCUGAAGUCGUACCUACUUUUAUUGGAAGCACUCGGGAUAUCGAAGAAGAGGCAGGCUACACGGAACAUCAGCACGAACGGACCGGCUCUGCAGACCAAUCUACAGAUUCAGAAGAAGCUCACCGUUUUGUGACCUGCCCUGAGAGGACCACAGAAGGUGCCGCAGAAGUUCUCGUCGAGUCUGCAAAGAGAGCCGAAUUUUCGCUGCAAGAUCAGGCGGAAACAUCCACACAAGACGUCACAGAUCCUCCUGAGAAUACUUUCCAUCUGCAAUUUGCUCAAAGGGAUUUCGCACCUCAUCACGACUUCGAUUCGGCAGCUUCCAGGGAGCUUGAAGAGCACUCUUCUUCGGAGCAUCACGUCGAAUCGUUGCAGCCUGCACAGUACGUUCCAGAGUUAGAUUUGGACGGACCUCAAUCAAGUCAUCGGACGCAGAUAUCCGAGCAAGCAGACCCUCCCAUCAGUAGCGAUCUCAAGCACACACAAAGCCCAAGGCGCAAAGAUUCGUCUCAAGACAACCUAGAGCCGAGUGUUCUUGGUCAAGCCGACCCCAACGUCAUCCGUCGUCCUUACGAGCUAACGGACUCGGACGUUCCUACUCCGAAGGACAUCGUACCUAGUGUCGAGACUAGAGGAGAAUCGCCCCUAAGAGGUUAUUACAGGAAGGUAUCCCGCGGAAUGCACCGGUCCUCGCAAGCUCCUAACAGUUCGGUCGGUGGUACUGAGCAAGCAGCUCCAACAGGAUCUCGAUCCCUCACAGAACGACUUCGUGAAAUCCAUUCUCGAAGCAAAGUAGAAAGAGAGCGCAAAAAGGCCGAGCAUUUUGCAGUAGACGAGUCGGUUCCUAAGUCACCCUCAGCUGAGACAAGUACAAGAUCGCCAUCAACGAUCCCACCGAACGUCACUCAAACAAAUAUGGAGCCGCAGUACACGCUGAUUCCCUCGAAUCUCUCGGCCGAAACUCGGCCUAGUGAAAGCCACCUCCCUACCGCACAAAACGAUCACGACAUGCCAGACAUCCACCAUCUCGACGACGACACCGACAUGCAUGACGGCAGCACACCCAGCAUCCUUCUGGAUGACCCCAUUGUUGGUGAUGCCGAGUACCUCGUUGGACUUUCCAUGGAGGGGUUACAGGGGGAUCAAUACAGGCAUGAGAUUACGUUCAAGGAGGAUUCCAUAACCCAUUUCCUCAAGGACGAUCCCGUGUGCGAAACCCACGCCCAGGAAGUUCGGGGCCUGCUCAAGAGAUUGAACGAUUAUAUUACUCACAUGGAUCUUGGCUUUGGGAACGCUGAUGCUCUGACCCAAUACGAAGGCGGCCAGGAGAAUGGCAUGGUUGCUUGGUCUAAUAACAGCAGCACCAAGUUUCGCUUCCUGGGCGGUAUACUCCAAGAGUUGCGCGAUACGAAAUUCCACUUUGUGGUCUUGGGCUGCCAAGGACCAUUGAUGGAUAUUAUCGAGAAGUACGUUGAUGGCUUGAGAAUCCCAUAUUCUCGAGGCCAUACCGACCGCGAGGCGUUUGAGGCCCGAGAAUCUCUGUUUGUCACUAUCCUCGCCACCGACUUUGACAAUGUCGACACCAGCCUCCCCAAGGCUCAUCUUAUUUUCGCCAUGGAUUCAACGGUCCAAUGCCACGACCCCAAGAUGAAGGCCCUCAGAAACCAUCUUAGUCGCAGCAUAACCGAUUCGAUCCCAGUAAUAACGCCUAUUGUCACCAACUCGGUCGAACAUGUCGAACGUUGCAUCUCGCCGUCGGUCCAAGGAUUUAUGAGGGAAAGGCUGGUCGUGCGAUUUGUGACCGAGCUAAGGCAGCUGGCUGGCAGGGUCGAAGUGUCCACCAAGGCUGAUCAGGCGGUGAGGCUCCUUGUACCCAGCAUCGAGUCGGACCUGGACCACCAUGAAGCCUGGCCGCUUCUCCGUGUGAGUAGCAUCAAGAAUGAUGUCCACUUCGACGAUUCAAUGGUCUCUACGCUGUCCGUUUCGUCCUCGGCUCUUGUUGGAGCUCUAAGUCCGUCCGUUGCUGGCCAGAAAAGGCACCUGGAUGUGGGAGAGGAAGAGUCGGCUAAGAGGACGCGGAUAACGCCACAGCCCGAAACCGGCACUAUCAAUCCUAAUGACAUCACGCACGUUAGCGACUCCGCCCCCGUGCACUCGAGUUCUACUAUGGACAAAGACCUUCGUAGAGAGCUCGAGCUUGAGCAAACGAAGGCACGUGCGAAAGAGUAUGAGGAUGCCCUUACAGAAUGCCAACGCGAGAAGGAAGAGCAGAGGGAUAUAAUCCUGCAACUCAAGAGGGAAAACGAAGAACUCAAGUUGAAUCAUAUUAAUGUCAGUGCUCGCAUCCGGUCGCAAAAUGACACGAUAGACGGCCUCCAAAACGAGCGCAACACCCUUAGGGAGCAACUUGAAGAAGCACGCCAGCAGUUGGCUAGCUCAACGGUGCCGGAAGUGGCGGAGCGGGAGCAGCUACGGAGGGAACGAGACGAGGCGUUGGCAAAGCUCCAGCGAGUGCAAAAGCUGCGCGAGGCGGAGAACAAGAGCUCGGAAUUCUUCCGUUCGGAGUACCAGACGGCAUCCCGGCAGUCGACACAGUUGUCCGAGAGCGUGGAGACCCUGACGCAGCAGGUGCGCGAGCUUUCGAAGCUGAAGACGGGCGAGCGCGACAAGGCGCGCCAGCUCAGCCUCACGAGCGCCGAGGAAGCGUACAAGGACGAGAUGGAGCGGUUGCAGAUCCAGCUCAACGACAGGAACAUGUUGCUGCAGCAGAAGAACGACGAGUUGAAGGCGAUCCGUGGCCGCCAGGGCGUGGGUACUCGUGCCGGCAGCGUGCCGCGCAGCCCUCGCAUCAGUGGCCCAGGUAGUAGGGGCGGUAGCCCUGCGCCUAGCGGGCUUGGUGGACACGGGAGGUUGGGCGCUUUGAGGAACAUCAAUGCGUAG